AUGGCGGCGGAGAACCGGAGCGGGGCCUCGGUUCAUUGUCAUCGGGCCGGCCCGGGUCCCGGGGCUGUGGAGCGGCGGCGGCAGCAGCCUGAAGGUGAAGGACAGGAGGAGGAAGAGGAGGAGGAGGAGGAGGAGGAGGAGGAGAGACUCCGGGGGAGGGUCAGGGGGCGGCAUGAGCCUGAAACGCAAGGCCGCGCGGUGCUAGGCCUGGCCGCACCCUGCGCCGUCAAACAGGAGCUGGGGCUGGAGCAGCAGCAGGAGGAGGAGGAGGAGGACGGGGAAGAAGCAGAGGAGGAGGACGGAGGAGAAGCAGGAGGAGGCGGCGGCGGCAUGGUGAAGGUGGAGGCCGAGCCCGAGCCUGAGGAAACGGGCCUUGCCGCCGGACAGACGGGCCGCUCGCUCUACCCGCCGGGCCAGGAGCAGGGCGAGGCGUCGGGCAGAGAGCAGCAGCGGAGGAUCCUGAUCAUAGAUGAACAGCGGCAGCGGGUAGAGGAGGCCGUGCUGUGCCAGGAAGUUGAGUGGGACCGGACCGAUAGGCAGGCCAGCGGGCUGGUGUGGCAGCGUGUGGAGGCCUGGGGCCAGGACGCAGACGAGCCAGGGAAGGUGCUGGUGUCGGUGGCCGGUGUGCGAGGCCAGGAGCAGCACCCGCCCACAACAUUGCAGAGCCUGCCCCGCGAUAGACCGGGUUCCUCCCCAGCCCAGCGGAGGCGCAAGUCGGAGUAUCCCCGCCGGCGGAGCUGCAUCUCGUUCACCUUCGGUGGGGCGGAGCUGAGCGCAGGCCAUCCCGAAGAAGGCGAGGAGCCGGUGGAGAUCCGAGAUCUGCAGCGAUUUGGUACUGCUCACAGAGAAAACGGCGAGGGCCCUGCGUGCCGGCUGGACCUGCGUACCUGCGGCGAGGCCCUGGGGGAGCUGGUGGGCUGGGCGCACAGCCACUGCCGGGGCUGUCCCCACCCGCCCGGCCUGAGGUACCUGCCGGCCGGCGGCACCACCCCUGCCGUGGCCGUCUGGGCCUGUCAGGCUGGCCAUACCUACCGCUGGCGAGCGGCGGGACGCCACUUGAGACGGAGAGGGCAGCAGCGACGGCACCGGCGGCGAAAUGCCGAGGCUGGAGGAUCCCCCACGUUGGCCGCGACCGCCACCACACCCGACAACCAGGAGGAGGAGGAGGAGAGAGGCAGUGGGCCAAACCCGGAACUGGAGUCAGCGGGUGGCUCGGACUCGGAGGAGGCAGGAGGAGAGAGCAGCGAGGGCCAUCCGUCCCACUCCGUCGCCUCCCUGCGGAUCGUGGAGUGCGAGCUGGAGGAGCAGGGGCCGGGCGGCAGGGGAGCCCGGCCUGGCUGGAAGGUGAUCCCGUGCAAGGACGAGUGCUCGGACGAAGAGCUGCCUGAUGACGGACUUGAUCCAAUAGAACCUGUGCCAGAGCUUCCAGUGCUGAAGACGGCCCCUGUGGUUUUGAUGAAGACGAAAUUGGGUCGAGGGCGAUGGCGGGCCAAGAGCUCGUGUGAGGAGCCAGAGUCCGAUCCCACCUUGGAGCCCCAGUGGGAGUCUCAGUACUGGGAGAAGGCGUCACCGUCUGCGUACGCUGUCCCAGAAAUUCACACGCACGUGGUCAACAGCCCGGAGCUGUCCGGAGAACAUCCUGCUGAUACACAGCCGGCCGCAGAGACCGAGACAAUGCAGCUCAUUUGCGAGUCGGUGCCAGACCCUGACCAGAAGGAUGAGAGUAUUUCACUGGCGGGAUUAGCUGCUGCUGCUGGUCUCCCUAAUUCCGUCAGAGAGCCAGAAUUGGAAAACAGUGAGGAAGAGGAACCAGAGUUGGUGGAGACUGACGAUGACAUCCCAUUCCACGAUGAUCCCAAAGAUGAAAUGUAUGAGCCGUCACCACACAGGGAGCGUGGGAAGCCGAGGCGGAAACCACGGAAAGAGAAGGAGAAAGUGGAGACGGUGGAGCAGGUGGAGCCUCCUAAGAGUCAAAGGAGGCCACGAAGAUCCAAAGAAGAUAGAGGACCUCGUCCACCCAAGAAGCGGAAGAAGCCUCCUAUUCAGUACGUGCGCUGUGAGAUGGAAGGUUGUGGAACCAUCCUCGCCAAUCCAAGGUAUUUGCAGCAUCACAUGAGGUAUCAGCACAUGCUGAAGAAGAAGUACGUAUGUCCACACCCAUCCUGUGGCCGGCUUUUCCGACUUCAGAAGCAGCUGCUACGGCACACAAAGCACCACUCGGAUCAGCGGGAUUAUAUCUGCGAGUAUUGUGCCCGUGCCUUUAAGAGUUCUCAUAAUUUGGCUGUUCAUAGAAUGAUCCACACAGGAGAGAAGCCGCUGCAGUGUGAGAUCUGUGGCUUCACCUGCCGACAGAAGGCCUCGUUGAACUGGCACAUGAAGAAACAUGAUGCGGACGCGAACUACCAGUUCUCCUGCAACAUGUGUGGGAAGAAGUUUGAGAAGAAGGACAGCGUGGUGGCUCACAAGAGCAAAAGCCACCCAGAGUUGGUUAUCGCCGAGGCUCUGGCGGAGAGUGCGGAGUGUACCGUUCUGGACCCUUGCAGUGCGCCCUGAGAGACUCGUGCCAUUCGGAAACCUGCCCACCCCUUCCCCUCGAUGUGACAGAGGAAGGGGCGGGUACCAGAGUGACAGACAGAGGAGGAGGGAGACUCUCCUCAAUUCAACUUAACCGGUGUACGUGUGUGGAUCGGAAGAGGGGCAUCUUUAUUCAAACCCAGACACCCUCCCCUCUCCUGGCCCGAUCCGUUGCUCAGACCGCAUCCCCGACAGCCUCCCCCAGAGCCGUGGAGAGACCUCCAACCAUAGCCCUGAGUCCUGUUGGAGCCCCCUUCCAACACCUGGAUCGUUCUCCUGGGCAAGCUGCAGCAGAGAUGGAUGGACCAGGCUUGAAGUGUACCACUGUGUUCGCAAGGCAGCUUAUCAACUGCCUGAAGCGUCACUAGAGUGAAUCCGGAGCAUUGUCACGGUGUGUGUGUGUGUGCAGACACGUGUGUAUCUUGUACUUGAAGGAGAUGAGGCACCUUGCAUAGGAUCAACAUGGAUUCAGCUUAGGGAGACGGGAAGUCCAAGUCAAGGUGUUUUGCCUUUACUGAUUGCUGUCAGGUGACCUCACUGGGUGAGAGGGUGUGUGGAAAUGAGCUAAGGGUUCUGCUCCUGUUCACUGGGUUGGCCAGAGACCAGAGACCGGGGUCUAUCAGCUCAUGUUUGAGGAGGGGCAUGGGGUUCUGAGUGCUUGCCUUUCCAAUGAAAGGGCAGGCUGCUGAGGAGGCAGCUCCAACAUGGCAAGGGAAAGGCAUUCUCCCAAGCCGCCAACACUGUUGGUUCAGUGCUAUGGGAUCCAAUGCCCUCAGAGGCUGGGUUGGCCGUUGGUCGAGAGGAUUGAAAGACAAGCAUCCCAUAUUGUACCCCCAUCAGAAAGUAGUGAUGUUGUCACUGAGAUAAUGAGAGGGAGAGCAUUUAGAGAAAGACCUGUUGGCUGUGGCAGGAGUGGGGUGGGAGAGAGUUGAGUGUCUGUACACACCGAGUGAAAGGUGUCUGAGCACGGUGGUGAGUCCCAAUGAUGUGGGGUCUGGGUAUGUACACAUGUUCAUGUAAACGUGUGCUGCACAAGAGGUGAUGGGGUGAGAGCACCGCUGAAUGCUGGUGAGUCCUGAGGCAUGGCUGCAGUGGGGAACAAGCUCGUACCAGACGGUUAUUGAGAAUUGCUGCACGAGGUUGUGUAACUGAGAGAAUGUGAAAAGGUGUGUGUGAGUGUGCACGUGUAAAAGCAUGCACAACGGUGAGCCUGUUUGUGCAUGUUUGUAUGUGUGUGUGUGUGUGUGUGUGUGUGCGUGUGCGUGCGCGUGCGUGCUGGAUCGGAGGUCUCUCUGCUCCUGAUGGUGUAAAUACCUGUAGUGAAGUGGGCCUGUAGUCAGACCCUAUUGGAAGGAGUUGAUGGCUGUAGGUGGAUUUAUACUGAGCUGGAAAUCGCGGGGGUUUUUGUUACUGUUUCACGUUAUGGAUUGCAUAGAUGAAACCAUUAGACUCCACUGUGAGCACUGUUUAGUAGAAAUAAAUCUGUAUAAUUAACUAUUAAAAAAGAGCAAUAAACACAG